GUCAACGACCGCACCGUCCUCACCGCCCCCCUAAAAUCUCACCCGUAUCGUUUCCUUAGACUCACCGGCGUAAGACCGUAAACUCAAAACCCCAGCGACGGAAAAGGAAAACCCAUAAAAGAAUUUAUUACUCCCAAAAUCGCUCUUAAGGAAGAACAAUUCAACGAAAAUAGUCAUAAAAAGUCCCCCGCUUGUUUACAUUCUGUUUCCUCGGCCUCUCUCGAUCUCAAAGCCUGGAGUGAAUUUCUGGAGUGUUACAAAGAAGUGGCAACGACAUUGAUCAGACUGAGGAGUGUUCUUUGUAGAUGAAGCAAGGGGAAUGGUGUGAUUGUAAAGACUGUGCUGGGAGGUAUAUUCUCAUAAAAGAUGAAGAAGAUCCACGAUUGGCAAUGUUUGACGAGCCUCUUCCAUGUUUUGGAUGUGGAAUAGGAUGGUGUUCAUUACUUCUUGGCUUUGUUUGUCCAUUGAUCUGGUAUUGUGCUGCUAUACUCUAUCUGAGAAAAUAUUACAACAAGGAUCCUAGAGAGCGAGGUGGCCUUGCUGCUGCUGCAUGCGCUGCGCUGCUCUGUACUGUUAUAACCUGCAUCACAGUAGCUGCAAUUUUUCUCAGUUAGAAGCUGCAAUAAGUUGCGUGCUUUGCGUGCUUGCCCAUAUCGACAGAGCUCCCCCCACCCCCUCGGUAGGAAAUGUAACUUUACAUGGGUGAAGAUCAUGAUGAUCAACUGUCGGUACUGUAUAUUCAUUUCGGAGGGUGGGCAUGCUCAGGUCUUUUGUAUGUUGUAAGUUACUUCCAGUUGUACAUGAAAAUGCAUUAGGUCAAUUAGAAACAUUAAUUCGGCAGUUACAUGUACAGUAUUUCUUCUGCUGAUUCGUUUUUCUUUUUCUUUUUCUUUUUCUUUUUCUUUUUGUUUUUCUCCUUCCAGAAUGCUACCCCGAAAAAUUAUCUGUUGAUU